AUGGUUGUGUCGAUGGUCACCAUGUGUGUUGCGGCAUUGGUGGAGACCCAAAGGUUGGAGAUGGCACGGAAGAACAACCUAGUUGACAACGCCAAGGCGACGAUACCGAUGAGCUGGGCAUGGUUGGUUCCACAGUAUGUGAUGAUUGGGGUGGCCGACGUGUUCGUGUUAGUCGGGAUGCAGGAGUUCUUCUAUGACCAAAUGCCCAGUGAGCUUCGCAGCCUUGGCAUAGCGCUCUUCUAUAGCGUGAUGGGAAUCGGCGGCUUCAUCAACGGCGCUCUCAUAUCACUCAUUGACCACAUCACCCGCAGCGGUGGGGGUGAAAGUUGGUUCUCUGACAAUCUCAAUCGCGCCCACCUCGACUACUUCUACUGGUUGCUUGCUGGCCUAAGCACCGCCGAGCUUGCGCUCUAUAUCUACAUCACCAGAAGAUAUGUCUACAAGGAAAAGAGAGUCAGUUCAGAGUGA